UUGGUUGGUUUCCUCCCAUCCUUCCCUCAACGCCAGCACACAGCACAGCAGCGCAGCAUACUAGACAGCAGCACACAGCACAGCAGCGGGUGACGGGCACAUCCGUGAAGCCCGAAUUCAGGAGCGGGAGGAGCGGGAGCUCAUGGAGGUGGAUUCGAGUGACGAGGCAAUGGCGUGUGAAGCUGCUGAGACGCACGCUGGCGGCAGUGAUUGCACGCUCGUGCAGGCUGCUGAUACUGACGGGCCGUCGGCGUCAUCUCCUGUCGAAGCAAGGGGUGGUGAUUGCGAGCCUGCUGCUGACGGGGACGUCUUGAUGGACGGAGAUGGUGACGUGGAAAUGGGAGACGCUGACUCGGACGCUGACUCAGGUGCUGACUCAGACGGUGAGUCGGACGCUGACUCAGACGCUGACUCAGGUGCUGACGCAGCAGCAGCAGCGACAGAAGCGACAGAAGCGUCUGCUGCUGCUGUUUCACCUGACCACGAGCUUGCUGUACCUGAAGACGCUCAUGCUUCUGACCGUGACGGCCGGACUACUGCUGAAGGCUUAUCUUCUGGAAUCGAGGCUCCGUUGUUGGAUAGCCGUGGAGCUUCCAUGGCGAGUGGAGCGUGCGAGGCGGAGAAGAAGCUGGAGCGGAAGAAGGAGGCGGAUGACGAUGCAGCAGCAGCGGGAGGAGUGGUUUCAGAAACAGAGAAGGGGUUUGCUGCAGGAGGAGAGGCAGCAGGAGGGGGAAGAGCAGAAGCGGACGAGGCAGUGGGAGAGGAGGAGGGUGAAGAAGAGGAGGAAGAGGACGAAGAGGAAGAGGAAGAAGAAGAAGAGGAAGGAGAGGAAGGAGGAGGAGAGGAAGGCGAAGAGGAAGCGGCAGAAUCGAACGAAUCAGAAGCAGGAGCAGAGGCGGAGUCAGCAGAAGAAGAAGGAUCCGAGGCGGAAGAAGCAGCAGCACAAGAAGGGGCAGAAGGGGGGGUAACAGAAGCAGACGAAGCAGACGAAGCAGACGAAGCAGACGAAGCAGACGAAGCAGACGCGGACGACACAGCAGUAGCUGAACUGAGAGGCGCGGAGGUAGCAGACGCAGGGAAGGCGGAGGGAGAAACGGGCGCAUUGCUAGCAGACGCGGACGAGACAGAAGAGAACGCAGCAGCAGCAGCAGCAGCAGCAGCAGCAGCAGCAGCAGCAGCAGCAGCAGCAGCAGCAGCAGCAGGAGGAGGAGGAGGAGGAGGAGGAGGCGCAACAGCAGCAGAAGUAGAAUCAGUGUGUGAUGCUGGCGCGGAUCUUACUGAAAACGCUGACGAAUGUGCACAUGACGCAUAUGAGCAGGAGGACACUGACGCACGCGCACAAGCAGAGGUUGAAGGAGACGCGCCAGGGGAGACUAGGGAUGGACGGACAGACGGACGGGGUCCAGACAAGGCACGGGCCGUGGACGAAAUAAGGGUUGAAGGCGAAUCAAGGGUGGAUGACAUAAGGGUUGAAGGCGAGUUUAAGGAAAUAGGCGAUUCAAGGGUUAAAGACGAAUCUAGGGAAAUAGGCGAUUCAAGGGUUGAAGACGAAUCUAGAGAGAUGGACGAUUUAAGGGUUAUUGACGAAUCUGGAGAGAUGGACGAGUCAUUGGUUAAAGGCGAAUCUAGAGAGAUGGACGAAAUAAGGGUUGGAGGCGAAUCAAGGGCUUCAGACGAAGCACCAGUCGCAAGGGUCGCUGACGAAACCAUGGCUGCUGCAGACGCGGUAGACGCUGCAGACGCUGCAGACGCUGCAGACGCUGCAGACGCUGCAGACGCUGCAGACGCUGUAGACGCUGUAGACGCGUCCAAGGUUUCAGUUUCAGAGGACAUUGUGUGCCAGGGAAACGCGCUAGUGCAGGCGCGACCAGCUAGGAGGCGGAAUAGGAGCAGGGGCAAGGGCGCGGGGACCAGGAGCAGAAGCAGAAGCAGCAGAAGCAGAGGCGGGGGGGCGAAGAGUGUGGCAGUUUCAGCGGGUGCGGGAGAGUUGGAGAGAGGGGAGGAGAGAGGGGAGGAGAAGCGAGGAGAAGGUGAGAGGGAGGGGGAGUUGGAGCAACGUGAGGAAGAGGGGGAGAGAGGGGGAGAGAGAGGAAUGGAGGACGGGAAGGGUGGAGGUGCUAAUGGGAGUGGAGGGGGGUCGAAUGGGGGGAGACAGAUUGGGGGGAAUGGGCAUUGUGGGGCGAGUGCAGAGGGGAGAACGGAUGGUGGGAGAAGCGAGAAAGAGAAGGAGCAGCAUGAGAGUGUGGGAGGUGCGCAAGACAUUGCGACGUGUUUAAAGGUGAAUGGGCUUUCAGGGCAAGGGGUGAAAACGGUGGGGGAGGCAGCAGAGGAGGCAGGGAGGCCUGAAGCGGAGCAAAUGUCGCCUGGGUCACCUGAAGAAUCACCUAAACCGCCUCGGAACACACCAGGGUCGCCUCAGAAGGUACCUGAACUGCUGCAAAGGUCUCCUGACGAGGAGGAGAGUAAUGUUGUGGUCAUGGAGGUGAGCGGAAGGGGAAGGGGAGCAGAGGGGAACGGAGCCGGAUGGAAUGAGGGAGAGAAAGAGGGGGAGAAAGAGGGAGAGGAAGGGGAGCAGGGGGACAGGAUGGAGAUCGAUGUGAUGGAAAAGGUGGUGGGAGGGGCCACUGGCAACAUCAAUGUGAUUGUGCAGAGUGACUCCAAUAACGAGGGUGCGCGUGCGGGUGUGGUCGCGGGUGCGGGUGCGAGUGCGGGUGCUCCUGUGACGGGCCCGGGAGGGGUUGCUGCGAGUAGUGGUGGUGAUGGGAGUGGGAAGGAGGACGAGGAGAGGAGUGAGGGGGAGGGGAGGAAGGCCGGGAGUGGGUCUGAUAGUGGGGUGGGAGGAGGCAGGAGGCGCAGUAUGCGUGCCAGUGCUGUCCUUGCAAUGGCUAGGAUUGCUGGUGCUCCUCGCACUGGCAGAGGGGGAGGCGGAGGAGGGGAAGGAGGUGGGGGAGGAGGAGGAGGAGGAGGAGGAGGAGGAGGAGAAGGAGGAGGAGCAGGAGGUGGAGGCAAGCAUAAUAAUUGCCAUAAUCACUCUCAUUCGCAAGCCAAGUCUCAGAGUGUGGAAUCGGGAGCAGGAGCAGGUGCGGGAAGAGGAGGAGGAGCAAGAGCAGGAGCAGGAGCAUCAGCAUCGGCAGCAGCAGGAGUAGCAGGGGCAGGUGACAUGGACGUGUGUGUGAGUGGGCUUGCAGUGGUGAACGAGCCGUUUGAGCUCCAAUUUAACUCCCGCAUCUGCCCUCUCACAGCUGCUACUGACUGCGCUGGUGCUGGCAGUGGUGGUGGCAGUGGUGGUGGCAGUGGUGGUGGCAGUGGUGGCAGUGGUGGCAGUGGUGGUGGGGGUGGUGGGGGAAGCACCUCUAGGCCCGGAUUUAAAUAUGCAGCAAGGGCCACAGCAGGAGCAGGGGGGGGGGAGGAGAGCCGGAAUACGGCAAGGGCACUUUCCCUUGGCCGGCGAUGGAUCAAUGGUACUGGGAGUGGGGACUGGAUGAGUGGAACGAUAGGGGGGGCCAAGGGGGCGCUAUUGCAGCUGGUGUUGGUGUUGCUGGUGGUGCUGCUGGGGGGGGGAUUCUCAGUGGGAAGAAAGGGAUAGGUAUUGGAAUUGGGGGGAGACGG